AUGUUCCCCAAAAGGCCGCUGGUCCCUCAAGCAAUCCGUUUCGUGCGGCAGUCGUCGACCUUUUCUCAAGGCUUGUCAGGUCUCAAGAUAAACUCUGAUCGUCUUCAAGAAACCAUUCAUCACACUUGCCAAUGGGGAGCAGCGCAUCGAUAUGGCAGAGGCCUAAAUGAAACUGGCAUGGCCAGGCUGACUCUCUCAAAUGAAGAUGCCACCGCGAGACGAUGGUUUGUAGAAGAGACUCAGAGUCUGGGAUGCGAUGUCAAGAUUGAUCAGAUGGGCAACAUUUUUGCCAGGCAAAGAGGAUCGCUGGGCUCGACGCUGCCCAUGACUGCCAUGGGCAGCCACUUGGAUACUCAACCCCAGGGCGGCAGAUACGACGGUAUCUUGGGCGUUGUUGCUGGUAUCGAAGCACUUCGAACAAUGAAGGAGAAUGGAUACUAUUCCAACUUUGAUAUUGGAGUCAUAAACUGGACAAACGAGGAAGGCGCAAGGUUCCCAGGCACGACGGUCUCCUCCAAAGUUUGGGCGGGCGAAAUACCAAUUCAAAAGGCUUGGGAUUUGAGAGAUGUUGCGAAUUCUUCCAUCACAAUGAAGUCGGAACUAGAGAGGCACGGAUACCUAGGGGAAAUCGCGUGUUCGGCAACGCAAGGUUACCCAAUAGGUGCGCACUUUGAACUCCAUAUCGAGCAAGGCCCCUUCUUGGAAUCCAGAAGGAGGAAGAUCGGGGUCGUUCGAGGUGUACAGGCCUGCAGAUGGCUCACUUUCACCGUGGUCGGCCGAAGUGCUCAUUCGGGUACGACGCCGUAUUCCGCAAGGAAAGAUCCGCUUCUGGCUGCGGCGAAGAUGAUUGCGACUUCGAAUGAGCUAGCCCAGAACUCCGGGGCCUUUGUGACCACAGGUGUCAUCAAAGUUCCUCCGGGGUCAUCGACCAACGCAGUUGCAUCGCAGGUGACGUUCACACUGGACAUUCGCCAUCCAGAAGACAAGGUCAUCUCUGAGGUUCAGGACCAAUGUCUUGCUUUCUUCCAAGAGGUCUCGCGCAAGAAUGACGUAGAGUUGAGCUGGACAAUCGAUGUAGACUCGCCUGCGACCACUUUUGAUGAGGAUUGUGUGUGGGCCGUCGAAACGGCAGCGAAUGGCAUCGUGGGCCAUGAUGGCUGGCUCCACAUGACGAGCGGUGCGACGCACGAUAGCGUCAAUACUAACAAACAUUGCCCAACGACGAUGAUCUUUGUGCCCUGCAAAGAUGGCGUUAGCCAUCAUCCUGAAGAGUAUUGUAGCCCAGAGGAUUGUGCCUUGGGGGCGCAGACUCUCCUCGAUUCUGUCAUCAUUUACGACGAUAUGAGACUAGCGAAGCUUCAAUAG